AAUGAAACCGAUUAUUUUUUCAGAAAUGCGAUCUGGAAAAAUUUAAAGCACAAUCUCAUUAAACUUACUGAUAUUAAUAAAUAGUUGUAUAAAUUUAAUUGUUUAAGUAACAUUUUCAUGUAAUUUAAAAAUUUACAUCGCAGUGAAUUAAUUACCUUACAUUUACAUUAUAAUAUAGUAUUUCUUAAGUGUGGUGAAAAACGUAAAGUAAAAAGUUAUGUUAUUUAAUUAAUAAACUACAUGAGAAUAAUUUGUUUCUUGUCGCCUAAUAUUCCUAACAGUAUUUUAAGUGUAAGUUAAAACCCUGACGAAAUACGUUAAAUAUAAAACUCAGUCUUGAUUGAGAUUCAUUGUUGCUUUUAGAUAAAUAAAUCCAAAAUGGAUAUUCUUCGUCAAUUUCAAAGUAUACCGUGGUGCAAACCAGACUGGUGCUAUCCAAGUAUGGGUAAAGAGAUGAAUGAUUUACUUAAACAGUGCAUUGAUUUGCCACCAAUAAAAGUAAAUGAUGAUGUUGAUCAAAUAAUACAGAAAAGCCAGGCAUUUCCUAUACCAUUUCCCGUAAAUAAGAUCAGAUUAGAACCAUUGAGGGAGAGAAAACCAAUAGAGAGAUUAAAAAGAAACAUUGUGUCAACAUAUCCAAUAAUUCAUGAACGAGUUCUAUUAUUGAUUACUCAUUUUCUUAUCUAUAAGAGAGAAUUUGGAUCUUCAAUUGAAAAAACAUUAUAUUGUAAUAUGACAGUGCCUGAGUUUAUUGAUAGACUGUUGAAGAAGCGCGCCGUUACAUUUAUGACUAAAAAGGACACUUAUAAACUGUUGACAGGAGAGACUGGAAAUGGAGGUUGGGAACAAGUAGGUACUCUGCAGCAAAAGCCACCGCUUGAGUUAGAAAACUGUUUGAGUUACGAUGAGAUUAAAAUAAGCGCAAUGGUCUAUGUGAGUGGAUACACUGAGUGUAUUAAUGAUGGGAAUCGGUACAAUCAGGCAAUUAUUAAUGAGAAAAAUGUGGAAGAGGACGCUAUAAUUAUUGGUCUCAUAGGCCCUCGAUUCGAUCGACCAGAAAGAAUGGAGUACGAAGAUAUAUUAAUAACUGAACAACAGAAUACAUCUGAAAAUGGAUAUGGUGAAGAGGUCACACCGACGACUUGUCUCAACGUACUUAAAACAACAUAUGUGAAGAACAACCAGUCGGCUAAACAUAUGUGGAGGCAGAUUUGGUCGGAGUUUUAUCAGGUUCACAGCUACACACACCAGGAGCUGACCUCAUACGUUAAUAUAACAGACAAACCCGAAGACAAAAAGUAUCUUGAACGAUAUGUUAAGACAUCUCGGGGUAUUUUUGACAAUGAGGUAUACUACAAGCGGGUCAGUGUGUUAGCCGAGACCUCCUUGUAUGAAGCCGAAUGGAGAGGUCGAGAAGCGGAUCGUAUGGCGUUUUUAAAUGUUAUUGGAUGCGGUCUAGGCGUUUGGAAGAUGAGUCCGCACCAGAAUGACGUUUAUAUUUUGACAUUUUUGGAGCGAAUACGUGCUUUUUUGAAGAAGGAUUUACUGAAUCACGUCUCAGAUGUUAAUUUUUCAUAUAUUAAACCUAGUAAGCCGAUAUUAGAUCUAUUCAGUAACAAAUCGUCCCCGGGCGACUCACCAACAGAGAAACGGAUAUUCUUUGAAUGCAAGCGGCAUCCAAGUGGUGGCAUAAAUGUGCAAUUGGAAAAGCGCGAGCCAUCCGCCAAGUUGAUAGGCGAACACGAGGGAAAACUGCUAGUUAUGACUUACCCUUGGGAUGGGAAUGCCCAUCCGGGGAACGAAUUCUGGUUAGGCAGCUUGCAAGGGUCAGGCGACCCUGCUGCAGCGUGCUCGACCCAAAUAGCAGAAUUACACAACGCUCACAUAAAUCCCGCGGUGUCAGGCCUUAAUACACGUGUAGUUGGCAGGCAUGGCUUAAAAACCUUAUCAGAAUAUUGUGCAGACUUAACUACUUAGAAAGAUAGCAAAAAAUAGCAGUGAUUUAGUUAAAAUCACAUAUUGUCGUUUGAGCAGUUUUAACACAGUUUAAGUUUUAACAGUUUCAAAGGUAUCUCACUGAGAAGCAUGAAAUAUUUGCGAAUUAACGAAUGUUAAGUAGUAAAGUAAUUGUUAUAUCUUUUCGUUAAAAUUAUUGUAUCGUCUAUCAUUAUUUACAUUUAAUGAUGUAAUGAAGUUAAGAAUAGAUAUGCUGCAUUUUUUUUUUGGUUGCUCGUUGAAUAUGUCUAAUUUUGGACAUAGAAAAUUUAUUUACAUUGUCAUUCUUCUCUUUGGUUGUAUCAGGAUGUAGAAUAAAAAAUUAAGAAGUUUUGACAGCGGAAUGUAAUGGAAUGUAACGGUGAGCUAUUAUCUGUUUAUGGUCUAUGAAUUAUCAAAGACAAUCUUUUCUAUGAUUUCCUGUUUAUUCAUUGUGUUAUUAAUAUGAAUACUAUAAGAUAAUUUGCAUAUUAAUUACAAAAUAAGCCUAAAUUGCCUAUCACUUGUAGUGAUUAUUCGCACUAAAGCAAGCGCACAUUGUAUCAAUUGACGAAAGACUGAUUAAUGUAUGAACGUGGCUUAGGUAUGUAAUGGGAAAUAUAAAUUUAUUUAUCAUAUUUUAGGCGGAUAUGAAAUUUAGGAGCAAGCAAAAUUCAUAGACAAUUUUUAUUACAGCCAGUUAAAUUCUACAAAACUUUGUAUUGAUAUCAGCAUACUUAAGGAAUAUGAAUGAGUUAAUGUUAAUGAGUCUAAAAACUCUUUGUUAUUUAUUAUUGUCUUAGAAUGAAAUUCACCUAUACCACAAGUAACAUAAUACUCAUUUAACAAUAAACAAUGUGCCAAUGUGAUUUUUCUAAUAAAUAAAAUGUAAUAAGUUUUUAUAUGCAAUCUGUAUCUUGUCUACGUAUAUUUAGUUCCCCAUAUUACACGAUAGAAAUAUAGUUUUAUCUUAUAAAUAGUUGUUGUUAUUUUGUAGAAAAUGAAAUAGGUUUUUAAUAUGUAGUUUGUACCUAUUUAUUAUACUAAACAAUGUGUUCGGUACUAAAGAAUUAAUUCGCGAUAUUAUUGAUAUCCCUGAACUUGCUUAAUUUAAUUCGCUAUGUAGAGAACCGUGCAUAAUAUACCUAAUAGAACUAGUGGAUUAAGUCUGGACAUUAAAAAUUAAUUAAACAAAUCGAUACCUUUGAAUGAUUUCGAUUCUGUUAUCGCCGAAACUGGUGGAACUUUCGGAAUACAAAGAUAUACUUUUUGCUUGUUAAUAAUACUUUUUUGUAACUCGUUAGUACCGAUUAGUAGUAGUAGCUACUUUAUAACAACAAAUAGACCUUGAUAGUCUUGUAAACGGCCUAUCUGAUAUUCUGUACAAUAAACGGUGUUAUAACAUGUUAAGUUUAAGUAAAUAUAUGCUGCUGUUUUAUAAUA